AUGAGCACGGAAUCACAGAGAGACGUUGAAGCACCGCAACCUCCUUCGGACUCGAUCUCCUCGAUGUCAUUUUCUGGUCGGGCCGAUUACCUUGCGGCAGGUAGUUGGGACAACUCGGUCCGCAUCUAUGAAGUGGACAACUCGCUCCAAUCACAGUACAAGGCCAUGUACUCUCACCGAGGCCCUGUGUUGAGCGUUUGUUGGAACUCUGCUGGAGACAAGCUAUUCUCAGGAGGUGCUGAUAAUGCCGGACUCAUGUUUGACCCGUUCACUGGCCAGUCAAUACAGGUUGCUCAGCACGACGCCCCUAUCAAGGCCGUGAAAUGGAUCGACUCCCAGUCCGGUAUUCUGGCCACCGGAAGUUGGGACAGAACUAUCAAAUACUGGGACCUCAGAACACCCAAUGCAAUAGGGAGUGUUCAACUUCCCGAAAGAUUGUAUUCUAUGGAUGUUCUAUUUCCUCUGAUGGUUGUAGGCACAGCUGCUCGUCACAUCGAAGUCUUCGAUUUUCGCAGACCGAACGUCGCGUUGAAGAGUGCUAUGUCGCCGUUGAAGUUUCAAACGAGGGUUGUUGCCUGUUGCACCGCGUCCCCGAAGCCCGCUUAUGUCGUUGGCAGUGUAGAGGGACGAUUGGCUGUAGAGUUCGUCGACCAGAGCGAGGCCAAGAGCAACUAUACCUUCAGAUGCCAUCGUGAAGACAAAGAGAAGGUCAAUGGCCGAGUAACAUCUUCCUUCGUUUAUGCAGUGAACGACAUAUCCUUUCAUCCCACCGAAGGAACCUUCGCAAGUGCUGGGUCUGACGGAAACAUCAACAUAUGGGAUAAAGACGCUCGAUGCCGUCUUCCGACCCCGUUCAAGAAAGCGCCAGCGCCGAUCUCUUCGACCUGUUUUAAUCGCACCGGCGGUAUCUUUGCCUACGCGAUCUCGUAUGAAUGGUCCAAGGGCCAUAUAGGUAUGAUGCAGAACCUCCCAAACAAGAUCAUGCUACAUGCAGUCAAAGACUCGGAAGUAACAAAGAGGAAACCUCUCUGA